UCGUACUACGAAAUUGUACGCCAUGAUUUUUUGUCUUGCUCUCGUCCUUGCCCUUUUGGGGCCCUCUCUUUCAGAAGCCUGUGGUGCUAAGCCAUACAGUGCUCGUGUUGUUAACGGAGAAAAUGCCCAGCCACACUCCUGGCCCUGGCAGAUUUCUCUCCGUGUGAACGGAAGACAUAUCUGUGGUGGAUCUCUGAUCAGACCUGACUGGGUUGUCACUGCUGCUCACUGCGUGGAUAGAAACCCAAGACCAAGUGGCUACACCGUUGUUGUUGGUGCACACACCAGAACUGGAUCUACCGCUGUCCAGCAAACGUUCCGUCUCAAACAGCUCUUCAAACACGAAGGUUUUAGCAUGAGGCACCUUAGGAACGACAUAGCUCUACUUCAACUUAAUGGACAAAUCAGUGCAAGCUCCAAGGUUAACACAGUCUGUUUACCACAAAAAGGAAGCCGAGUGCCGGCUGGUACAGGGUGCUAUAUAACAGGUUGGGGUCGUACUGUUGGUGGUGGAAGUGCUGCUGGCAUCCUCCAGCAAGCUGUCCUCCCUGUCUCAAAUGAUAAUGCAUGUGUUCAAAGAAACGGCUAUUUGGUGCCCGUUGAUCCAAAAAGCAUGGUCUGCGCCGGUGGGCAAGGCAAAGGUGGAUGCCAAGGAGACAGUGGUGGACCAUUUGUCUGUAACGAGGGUGGUCGAUGGGUUCUCCGUGGUGCCGUCAGCUGGGGACACAGUCAAUGUCGUACUGAUCAUUACACUGUCUUUGCUCGAGUCAGCAGCUUCAUUGAUUGGAUCAACCAAAAGAUGACAGGAGGAGGAGGAGGUGGUGGUGGAGGAGGAGGAUCAAGUUGCGUGGAUAAGCACCCAAAUUGUAGAUACUGGAGACAUUACUGCUCUUAUCAUCCAUAUGUAAGAGCCAAUUGCAAGAAGACAUGCAGCCUGUGCUAAGGCCAUAAGCCCGAAUAGCCUUGCAUACCUGACAAUGAACCAGUAAAUAGACAAUUACAUAUUUCAGUCAUCAAUAAAACGUGCUGUCUAAGAAAAAA